CAGACAGCAUCAAUCGGUGAAUUCAGAGAUUUUUUAAAAACAAGAAGUUGUAAGGAGGGGUCUCUUUAAAGGUAUCUUUAUUUAUUUUGAAGUGGACAAAGUCUGGAACCCUAUUUCAAUUUCAACUUUACAAAAUAUUUCAGACAAAUCAAGUGAAGAACCUGCUGUUGCUAUCUGAGACGGUUCAGAAUGUGUUCGGGCGGCUUCGCUAAAUGUCUGGGCAUCAGCCUGAUGCCUCUGACGAUAGUGUGCGUGCUGUGCAACAUCCUGCUCUUCUUCCCCGGUGGGAAUUCUGUGGUCAGUGAAAAAAUCACAAGGGAGGUUUGGUUCUUUGGAGGCAUCCUGGGAUCAGGUGUGCUGAUGAUCUUCCCAGCUCUGGUCUUCCUGGGUUUGAAGAACAAUGACUGCUGCGGUUGCUGUGGAAACGAAAGCUGUGGGCGGAGAUUUGCAAUGCUGAGCUCUAUACUCUUUGCAGCUGUUGGUGUGUUAGGUGCAGGUUACUCAGUUGUAGUCUCUUGUGUGGCCAUAAACCAGGGACCAUUGUGUCAUGUUAAAGGCACUGGGCAAAACGAAACGGGCUGGAUGUACCCCUUCUCAAAUGGGGACUAUCUGAGUGACAAAAGUCUCUGGAGUAAAUGCAUAGAGCCAAAGGAUGUGGUGCCCUGGCACCUUUCCCUGUUCUGUGUGCUAUUGGUGAUGGGUUUAAUCCAGAUCGCACUGUGUGCCGUGCAAGUGAUAAACGGCCUGCUGGGAGCUUUGUGUGGAGACUGCUGUGGCUGCUGUGGAGGGAGCGAUGGAGCCGUAUAAGCACCUCCUGUGGAUGAAGACAGAUGGCUUUCCCAUAUUUAUUCUUCUACCUGAGGAUGACUUAUAUGGAUUAAUCUAAGUGCUGCAUAAAUACAUUUCUGAUCAGGAGCUCAUUGAUUACAGUGUAUGAUCUGAAAACAUUGCAGAAAUGACAGAGCUCUUUAUAGGUUUUUAGUUUACUUUCUAGCAAAUUAUUAUGGCUAUGCAUCAUUAUUACUAUUAUUAUAUAGAUUAAUCCAGUAUAUAUUACGUUUACUGAUUUUCUACCUGCUAUAUGUAUUUAUUUCGCUUCAUGGCUUUUUUCUUCCCAGUUUAUUUUUGCCGUCUCACAUAAAUUUAGUCUAUGCUUCAUCAAGCAACAUGACUGACCCCUUGUGGGCUUCAAACACUACAUCUUCACCAAAGAUUUUAUUGUGCUCUACCAGUAAUUAAUGAAAGAGAAAGGUUUUUUUCAUUCUGAAUGUGCUGUAGUAACAUAAUGUACAUGUAUUUACUUUAUUAGCUUAUUACAAAUUUUGAGUACUUUUACAUAUCUCUUCUACAUACAAGGUAUACAAGUUAAGUCUUCUGAAAUUAGAACUUGUUAAAAGGGCUAUUAAAGUUUAUCUUUCUUAAGUUCA